UAAAGCUACAGUAAUCCUUGCUGUCAUUUUUCGUUGCAAGAACAGAAACCUAUAAGAAAAGGGAAACGCCGAAGACAGAAUUAUGUCGACAACAAAUUUCAGUAGCGGUAGAAGUCACACGAAAUCAUAUGAAGAACUGCUAUGCUCUCCCUCUUUGGUGGGUGGGCUUCAACAACAACUAUCAAUUUGCUUCUUAGCGGUUGACAUUCUCCUCUCCAUCACAGCAUUUGCUGGAAAUUCUCUUAUCCUUGUGGCACUUCACAAGGAAUCUUCCCUGCAUCCGCCGUCCAAACUCCUGUAUUGUUGUCUGGCAACAACUGAUCUGUUAGUUGGUCUUGUUUCCCUGCCUCUCUGUGCUCUAUAUUGGAUGUCCGUGUUUCAAGAACACUGGAGCCUUUGUCGAUACGUAAGGGACGCAGCCUACAUCACAGCCUAUGUAUUGUUUUUAGUGUCUUUGAUGACGAUGACGGCCAUAAGCUUGGACAGACUUCUCGCCCUGUUGUUGGGACUGCGAUACAAGCAAAUUGUAACUUUGAAGCGCACGUAUAUUAUUGUAACUACCUUUUGGGUUUUUACCCUUGUCGCCUCUUUAAGUGGAUUUUUUUAUCACCGUAUAAUCUUUAUGUACAGCUCCCUAGUUAUAUCAUUUUGCCUGGUAAUAUCAUUCGCAUCGUACACAAAGAUUUUUUGCACUCUCAGAUAUCAUCAAGCACAAGUAGGAGAUCAACAACAGCCGAGCCAAACAAAUGCACUGAACAUGGCGCGAUUCAGAAAGGCAGUAUACAGUGCACUGUGGGUGCAGUUAGCAUUAGUUGUUUGUUAUGCACCACUAUGUACAGUGAAUAUUGUGAUCGCUCAUACCAAAAAAUAUUCAUUUCUCUUAUUCGUCAUAUAUAAAGUAGCAAUUAUUUUACUUUGCUUCAACUCGACGUUAAACCCGUUCCUAUACUGCUGGAAGAUUAGUGAGGUGAGACAAGCAGUGAAGCAGACAAUUAGAGAAGCACUUUGCUGAGUUAGGUCUUCCUCGAGUUCUUCAGACUUUCAAAGCAAACUCAUUAAGUCAUGAUUAUUAUUAGAGAGCAGUCGUUAAAUACGUUUUUGAAUAAAAGUAAAUAAGUGGCUCAAUAGAAUAGUUGCACAGGCUGUUGUCGAAAGUCUUUAUAUCUCUGAGAAAAAUUUAACGACAGACUAGGUAACCGUAGCUAUGUGUUUUCAAAAAUAUGGUUUCUUGCCGCUAUGCUAAAAUACAAGAUGUCAUAAUCGAAGAAAAGAUAUGCAAACAUUUUACUUUCAUGUUUUCUCCUCUUAGCAAUAUGAAGGCAUCAGAUAAAACUUCGAAGAGUAGUUUAAGAGAUGUGUUUGAGGCCGAUGUUGUGUGUUUCGAGAAAACUAUUUCGACUCAUUAAACUCGUAAUUAAAAGAAAGCGCUUGACGUUGAUGUUGACGCCAUAUUGCCAAAAGAGACAGUCCAGUUUAAGUCUAGAAUUUGUUUGUUUUGUGAUCAGAAAAUUACCCGUAAAGCUUAU